CCGGUUGACUGGCAGCUCAGCCUCUUCGUUGUCUGCGGCGGCUGCCGGCGAUGCUGGAAGAAGCCGACAGCGGUAAACGAUCGAGCAGGAGCCCUCGGCGAGGCCUGGUACCGAACGAUCUCCGCGGUUCUCGCCGUGCUGCAAGCUCCCCCUCGCCUCCAGCGGGCACAGCGACAACAAUCUGAACGCCUUCCCCGGCCAAGGUCUGCCUUCAGCCGGCUGCGAGGUGUAGGAAAGACCGAGGUUCCAGUGGUGUAGAAUAUUGUCUUAAUCGAAACUCGAGCAGAUGGCUGAAAUGACAGCAUUGGAAUCCAUGAUGGAGAUGGGAUUCUCCCGGAACAGGGCGGAAAAGGCUCUGGCGCUGUCGGGGAAUCAAGGGAUUGAGAAGGCCAUGGACUGGUUAAUGGAGCACGAGGACGACCCUAAUCUGGACGAACCUUACGUCCCGCCACAGGGCAAUGUCCUGGGAACGACGGAGAAAACGGAAAUUGGGCAAGCGGAGUUGAACUUCGAAGAAAAUUCCAGCCAAAUUCAGCAGAACACAACUCUGUCAGAAGAGGAGAAGAAGGAACAACUAAGGAGGUUGGAAGAGUUGAUGAAACAGCGGCAGCUGGAGCGAGAGGAGCGUGAGAAGAAAGAGGAGAUCAACCGGGAAAAGCAGCGGCGGAAGCAAGGCCAGGAGCUCUCAAUGAUCCGGCAGAAGCUGCAGGAGGAGGAGAUGAAGAAGAUCGCCGAGGACAGGCGGAAGGAGAAGCUGGAGGACAUCAGAGCCCAAGAACCCAGGGAGAGCGCGGAGGUUGUUUGGGUGGGAACUGGGUUGGCUUCUCCAUAUCCAGUUUCGGCGGGCGGAGUCACGGCUACAGAGUCCGCAGCACAGCUAACGCCGGCGGUCCCUCAGUCCAGCCAAGUGCCACCGGUCAAGCGGGAGUACGAUGAAUGCAGAUUACAGAUCCGGUUACUGGACGGCACCCAGCUCACGCAGUCCUUCAAGGCCGGGGAACAGCUGGCGGCCGUGAGACUCUACGUACAACUGCAGCUGCAGGAGGGCAGCGAGAACUUCAACCUCAUGACUUCUUUCCCGCGCAAAGUCUUCUCCGAGGAGGACAUGGAGAGAAACCCCCUUCAGGAAUUAGGUACGGUGUUCCCGGAGGGGGUGGGAGCUGGAGAGGCAGCAGCUGGGCUGCACUAUUGGAGGGACAACUAUAUCCCCGAGGACUCUUGGUUUUUCUUCGAAACUAUGGUCUUGAUGCUCUACACCAACCCCAUGCGGGCAGGUGGCACCAGUGGUUAA